UUUCACCCUUCUUUCCAUAAUUGGUAAACCAUGAAGCAAUCUCAAUGGCCAAGUCACUCUUCUUCCUCCUCUUCAUCUUCAUCUUCACUCUUCAAAUGCUAAAUCGCCUUCUUCGCGCCUUCUUCAAACGUGAAACCCUAAUUUCAACCAGAAACUUCAUCCUCUCAAUCAUAACUAAAUUAUCUCUCCUCACCCCUUCUUCAAUCAUGGCAUCAGCAUCAAAAUCUCCUGUAUUACCCCUUUCAAACCCGCCAAAAUUCGACCCAUCACAACCGUCAAAUCCAGUCUCAUACCCAAUCAAAACCCUCCAAGAGCUCGAAUCAAGAUCAUAUUUCGACUCAUUUCACUACCCUUUUAACAAAUCUUCAACCCCAUUAAAUGGGGAUUUGUAUUUACCCCCAAAACCUAGGCUUUUGGUUUGCCAUGAUAUGGCUGGUGGGUACUUGGAUGAUGAUAAGUGGGUCCAAGGUGGGGCCAAUUCUGAUGCUUAUGCUAUUUGGCAUUGGUAUUUGAUGGAUGUUUUUGUUUAUUUUUCUCAUAAUUUGAUCACUAUUCCUCCCCCUUCAUGGGUCAAUGCUGCACACAAGCAUGGAGUUAAGGUGCUGGGGACUUUCUUGACAGAAUGGGACGAGGGUAGGAUUGUGAGUGAUCAACUGCUGUCGAGUACCGCGUAUGCUCGUAUGUGUGCUGAACGAUUAGCCGAGCUUUCUGUUGCUCUUGGAUUUGAUGGCUGGCUGAUCAAUAUGGAGGUCAAAAUAAAUCCUUCAGAUGUUGCAAAUUUGAAGGAGUUUGUCAACCAUCUGACAGAUAUGAUGCAUAUGUCAAAGCCUGGGUCUUUGGUGAUAUGGUAUGACAGUGUUACUGUUCAUGGUGACCUUGCCUGGCAAGAUCAGCUGAAUGAUAAGAAUAAAGCCUUUUUUGAUCUGUGCGAUGGCAUUUUUAUAAACUACACAUGGAAGGAAGGCUACCCGAAGCUCUCUGGUGAUAUUGCUGGUGAUAGAAAGUUUGAUGUUUAUAUGGGGAUAGAUGUAUUUGGAAGGAACACUUAUGGUGGAGGGGAAUGGAAUACAAAUCUUGCUCUAAAUGUCAUAAGGAAGGAUGAUGUGUCAGCUGCAAUAUUUGCACCUGGAUGGGUCUAUGAGAAAAAGCAACCUCCAGAUUUUCAGACUGCUCAGAACCGUUGGUGGGAUCUUAUUGAAAAAUCCUGGGGAGUGAUGCAAAGUUACCCAAGGGAAAUCCCAUUCUACUCAGACUUUGAUCAGGGACGGGGUCACCAUUUUUAUCUUGAUGGGAGGCAACUUUCAAAUGCUGAUUGGUGCAACUUAUCAUGCCAAAGCUUUCAGCCUUUCCUGGAAUUUUCUGAAGACCCUGGAUCAGAUGAUAUACAAGUUCUUGUCAACCUCGAGGAGGAAUCUUAUAGUGGAGGAGGGAAUGUUACAUUUGAAGGCAUUCUUGGAAGCAUUCCUUAUUUCACAAAAAGGCUAUUUCAAGCAAAACUCCUCUUAGGGGAUCCAGCUUUGGGCUUUACGUAUUCUGUGAAGUCAGAUGGGGACUCCCUGGUGGGCAUUUCUUUAGAAUUUCUCUCCAGAGAGGGAGAGACUAUAACAGUUCUCCUUGCAUCUCAUGGGGAUACUUUACUUACCCUGAACAAGUUUUCUAGCAAGUUCAGAAAAGUAAUUAUGCCUCGUCGGGUUACCAAACCGGAGUCUGCUGAUGGGUGGGUCCUACAGGAGAACAUCAUUGCAAUGCCAGGGUAUACCCUAACGGAAAUUCAGGCAGUCUGUUACAAAUUGAGACCUGAAAUCAACGAGGAGCAGAUAUCUGAGUACUAUGCAGUUCUUGGUCAUCUCUCAAUCCAAUAUUCUGGUCAGCAUGUACGAUUGCCACCCUCUUCUUCAUGGGUAGUUGAGGGUCAAGAUGUAUCAUGGAAAUCUGGCACGGAAAAAUCCAAGUCCGUUUCCCUUACCAUCUUAUGGAGGUCGAAGGAUGGAAAUGAUCUUAACGAAAUUCAGAAAUACAACAUUUAUGUUGAGAAAACAUCAGAAGCAGAUGGGAAUCUGGAUGUAAAGCUUCAAGCAGCACAAGAAUUUCUUGGAGUUGCGCUAGUGGAUGCCUUUUAUGUUUCAGAGUUGCUAGUUCCUUCUGGUAUUUCUUCACUCAAAUUUGUCAUCCAAGUUUGUGGUGCUGAUGGGACUUGUCAACCACUCGAUGAUUCUCCAUCCUUUCAAUUGGAUAUGGAAGCGCCAAAUACUUUAUGAACGAUGGCGAACUUGUGGGGGUCGUCGGAAGGGAAGUAUGGAGCAAAAACGCAGUCUUUUGCACAUCGUCGACGGAGCAACUUGCAAGAAGCACAAGGUGAAGUUCCAUUUCCACCCAUUUCUUUUUCUUUUAGUUUACUGGAAAUGUAUAUAGAAUAGAAUAUAUAGAGGAGAAAAGGGAGGGGAGGGGAUAGAUAAAGCUAUGAACUAACUCAUACAAAAAGCCUAUGGUUUGGAAAGAAUGAGAAAAGGAGUGUGGCUAUUUAUAAUGCCAAAGCAUAUGUGAGCUUUCGUGCGCUUAGUUAAAAAUUUAAUUGUUAACAUAAAAGUUACAUGAUUAAAUUAAUCAUUAACCAUAGUUUAUGAUAUGAUGUCUGAAAAGAAGGGAGUGGUUAUGUCAUGGAGGAUUUAGAAAUUAUUUGGCCUUCCUUCUGUUGCGAAAUCAAACAAUGGGUAAUAAACUAACUGGUUUCAUUAACUUUUUAUUUUAUUUUCUCCUUUUUGGGUUAUUUUAUUUGGGGUUGUAGGGUGGGGGGUAAUAAGGACUUCGAGAGUAGGCUGAUAGAUUUCGAACUUUAAAUACUUCUCCCUUCGUUUUUUAUGGGGACAAGUAUAUUGAUAAAUAUUGAAAGACAUGUACUCUAAUAAAAGUAAGGAAUAAUAUAGUUUGUGAA